CCCACCCCCGCCAUGGAAUCGGCGCCCAAACGCAUUCGGGCGGAGGAGCCGCGCGACGGCCCUUCGCCCGCCCGCCCCGACAUGGAGGGCGAGGACCGAGCCCGGCGGGAGCGGGACGACCAGGUCGAGGAGGACGACGGCGACGAGGAGGAGGAGGAGGACGACGACGACGAGGAGGCGGCGGCGGCGGCGGCGGCGGCGGCGGCGGCCGAGGGGGAAGAGGAAGUGGACCCCCGCAUCCAGGGCGAACUGGAGAAGCUAAACCAGUCCACAGAUGACAUCAACAAAAGGGAAACUGAACUUGAGGAUGCUCGCCAGAAGUUCCGUUCGGUUCUGGUGGAAGCGACAGUGAAACUGGAUGAACUGGUGAAAAAAAUCGGCAAAGCCGUGGAGGAUUCAAAACCAUACUGGGAGGCUCGCCGGAUAGCCCGGCAGGCCCAGCUUGAAGCCCAGAAGGCAACUCAAGAUUUUCAGAGGGCUACCGAGGUGCUCCGGGCGGCCAAAGAGACUAUUUCUCUGGCAGAACAACGGCUGCUAGAAGAUGACAAGCGGCAGUUUGACUCGGCUUGGCAAGAGAUGCUUAAUCAUGCCACUCAGAGGGUCAUGGAGGCAGAACAGACCAAAACCCGGAGCGAAUUGGUGCACAAGGAGACCGCCGCCAAGUACAAUGCUGCCAUGGGCCGGAUGAGACAGCUGGAGAAGAAACUCAAAAGGGCGAUCAAUAAGUCAAAGCCUUAUUUUGAACUCAAGGCCAAGUACUACGUGCAGCUGGAGCAAUUGAAGAAGACCGUGGACGAUCUGCAGGCGAAGCUGUCCCUGGCCAAAGGGGAAUACAAGACCGCCUUGAAGAACCUGGAGAUGAUCUCCGACGAGAUCCACGAGAGAAGGCGGUCCAGUGCCAUGGGCCCACGGGGCUGCGGGGUCGGGGCCGAGGGCAACAACGGCAGCAACUCUGUGGAAGACCUCUCUGGCUGCAAGCCGGAGUCCGAUACGGUUUCUGUGGCUUCGGAGGCGUUCGAAGACGACAACUGCAGCAGCUUCGUGUCCGAGGAUGACUCUGAAACCCAGUCUGUGUCCAGCUUCAGCUCUGGCCCCACGAGCCCAUACGAGAUGCCCGGACAACACCCGCUGGCUCCACGGCCCGGCAGCCUCGAUCUGUCCAGCCCCGUGUCUUUGUCGGAUUUUGGAAUAAUGUUUCCUGUGCUGGGGCCUCGCAGUGAGUGCAGCGGGGCCUCUUCCCCUGAAUGCGAAGUGGAGAGAGGCGAUAGGGCCGAGGGGGCAGAGAAUACACCGAGCGAUAAAGCCAACAACAACAGGGGCAGGGGCAGGGGCGCCACAGAAGGCCCGACCUUGGAUAACCGAAUGAAGCGGCUCUCGCUCCAGUGCGUGAAGGGAAAAAGCGGGAUCUCCGCAGACAGAAAAACGGUGCAGAUUGGCUGAUCCGGCCGGGAACCCUACCUUAGGCCAGCGGGGAUCUACGUAUUUAUACGCGAGGCUCUAUCCGAACGGAGGACGACGUGCCAAUGAUCAUUUAGUAUAUGCCAAAUCUUUUAAGCGUUUACUCUAAACUGCACUAAUGAAGUUUCAGCGACCGGGAAGGCCGAAGAUUUUUGUUUUCUUCUCAGUAAAUUCUCUUGGGUGAUUGGAUUUAGAGCAGAAGAGCUGUCGGGACAGGCUGGGCUCAAGCUCCACAGUCCGUGUAAAAGAAUAACGAUCUGCGAUGGCCUGGCGGAAGCAAUAACCGGUUCCUGUGAAUCAGCCUGAGCCAGUCACGACGUAAGGGGUUUGAAUUCCGAACCCGACGUCUGUCAGGAGCGAUUUACUUUUCUCUUCCUCUCCCACCUUCUCUUCACAGUUGGAGACGUGGUCUCCUUAGGUGGCGUGGGUCCAGAUGGAAUGACCUCUUGCGACAGGAAAAUCAUCGGAAGCACUUAAAAACGUCUGUUACUCCUAGAACCACUGGCGUUUGUUUUUUGAUCUCUCCAAGGAGGCGGACAUUGCAUGUGUGUGGGUCUAGGAGACGAGGCUUCCUAGUCCUCCCGGGUGAGGGUGAAAGACCGGGGAUCCCCUUCGAGGUGUUCUUGGCACUCGUUGGGUGGGAAGGGGAAAGGGCUCAAAACGAGCCUCCCACCCAGAAGCUUUUUAGAUAUUUUCUAAAGAACUCGUUCAGCACUUUGGGAGGGAAGAGGGGGUAGGUGGGGGACAGAGGGUAUGAGGGGAACUAGGUAGCUAACGGGAUUCCUAAGGGGAGGAUGAAGAAGCUGGGGGUUGGCGGGGGGUAGCGAGGGGUGGGCAAGAUGAAUGUCGUGCAUGUGCAAGACGAUUUUGCCUUUGUGGUAACUAGAUUGACAGGUGUUCAUUUUCUCCAUAGUUUCAUAUCUUAUUUUUUAAAAAUUAUUUAAGGGUUAUGCUGCUCUAGCCAAGCCUUAGAGCAACUGGCCCAUGCAAGUAGAAGAAAAUAGGCGUGUGUUGGCAAAGGCUAUUAGAUAGAAGCAGUGGCGUCUGUCUGUCAGUUCUGCUAAUAGUUGUAAUUGUAGGGCUGCUUUUUAAAGUUCCGGUGGUUACUGAUCCUUAAGGCACUGUACUGCUACAUUUCUGUUAGUUUGGGAAUUUAGCAUUUACUGCCCCCCCCCCCCCCCAAAAAAAAACACCCAAUGGAUUUCAUGUUUUGCAGUCUUGUAUUUUUGUCCUUGCCACAGCUUACAUAUCUAAUAGCUAGGUGUAAUGGUGAAACUCUUCAUACUUAGUAAGACCUGGUUUGUCCUUAUUUUUAUUCUGACUGAUGCAGAAUCCUCAUUUCAAAGUUAUUUUGUACUUGUCUUAAAACCUUGAGUGUAAUAAAGAGAAAUCUGAAGACAGUA